UUCGAGCUAGCGGCCUAAGGCAGACCACGGGAUCAAUCACGUGGAGAGGACGGAACCGGUGGAACGGGUGCCUUGGUGCCCUGCAGCCUCAGGCAUAAACUAUCGGAUGUUUUUGGGAAAGGCUCCCGACCGGACCUCCGUUUUGCACAAUCUCCAACGUCGUCCAGCUUGACUGACCUUGUGAUCCCUCUCUCCACGCCACGCCAUCAAUUGAACCUCACCCCCUCCUCUCUUUGGGAUCGUCAUCAUGUCUGCUCCUUCGCUCGCCAACUACAUCGUCAAGCGCCCUUUGCUGAAGCGCUGGAUGAUGCCCAUUGCCAACUGGUACACCGACGCCGCCGGCUACAGAAGACUCGGAUUGAGAGUCGAUGACUUGAUCCCCGAGGAGAACGACGCCGUCCAGGCUGCCCUCAAGCGUCUUCCCGCCAAGGAGGCCUACGACCGCGUUUUCCGUAUCCGCAGAGCAUUCCAGUGCUCUAUCUCUCACACUCUUCUCCCUGCUGAGGAGCAGACCAAGCCUUCGGAGGACGUCGAAUACCUGAGCCCGAUCAUCCGCGAGGUCGAGAAGGAGUUCAAGGAGCGUGAGGACCUCGACAACCUCGUUGUCAAGAGGUAGAUUACUUUUCUGCGGUUUGCUUUACUUGUUGGUCUUGGAAAAUAGAAUCUCUAGCUCUACGGUGCUGGAAGCAGAGGCGGAGGAAGGGUAGGAGGGUCCGGCUGUGCU